UCUCGACACCGACUCGCCGAUCGCGUUUUACGUUCGUCACGGUUGGUUUUCGUUGUUUUUUUUUCCAUACCGUUUCCUACUCCCGUCCGCCGCCCGACCGUCGCUUGCCCGUCAGUUGUAGUUACUGGUUUCGUAACCGGCCGCCGUGCGUUCAGUCUGUCAAUUUUUUUUUUAUCAUCAACCGCGGAACGCGUCUCACGUCGCAGUCGCCGUCGCUCGCUCACUCCGCUCUCGCAGUUCGCACCCGUACUCACUCACACACACACAUACACUCACACACACUCACUCGCUCACUCGCAGCACACACGCAAACUCGCGCGCGCCGCUCUCGCCUGGUUGGAUUUAUCUAUUUUCCACGCGCCAGCGAGUCCGUACCUAGUCGGCCGCGCCGUUACACGUCUCAGCGUCAACCGACCGACAGCCUUUAGCGCCCGACCGCCGUCGCAAGUCGCUGUUUGGAUUUUCGUCGUCCGUCGCCCUACGCACCCGGCACAAUCAUGAGCACCUCCUUGUCGGAGACAAAUCCGAUUUACGGGCCGUUCUUCGGCGUCAUGGGCGCGGCAUCAGCCAUCAUAUUCAGCGCUCUUGGUGCUGCAUAUGGUACCGCCAAAUCUGGAACCGGUAUUGCCGCCAUGUCAGUAAUGAGGCCAGAACUUAUUAUGAAAUCCAUCAUUCCCGUUGUCAUGGCUGGUAUUAUUGCUAUAUAUGGUCUCGUAGUAGCUGUCCUAAUAGCAGGAGCUCUGGAAGAGCCCUCUAAAUACUCCUUGUUCAAGGGAUUCAUUCAUCUUGGUGCUGGCCUUUCCGUAGGCUUCAGUGGUUUGGCUGCCGGUUUCGCAAUUGGUAUUGUUGGCGAUGCUGGUGUCAGAGGCACGGCCCAACAGCCCAGAUUAUUCGUAGGAAUGAUCUUGAUCCUAAUUUUCGCUGAAGUAUUGGGAUUGUACGGACUGAUUGUUGCAAUUUACCUAUACACAAAAUAAACAAUUUUCCCUCUGAAUAAAUAUAAAACAAAACAAAUUUUUUUUUUUGUAACAAAAAAAAAACAAACAAACCGUGAACACCCAAACGAUGCCCAGUUGUUGUCGUCAAUACAAACAAUAUACUACCAUAUUAUUAUAAACAUUUUAGUUGAAAGGAAAUCAAAUUUUUUGUGCCCUUACGCCACUCACCCAAAUAGUUACGUGUAUUCUUCCUUACCCCAGCUUUCUAAACCAUUUUUCCAUUCACGUAGCAAAAUAAGUAAUAAUCUUAAAACUAUUUUAAAUACGUAUAUUUAAAUAAAAUAAAAUGAUGGCCAUCUCAUGUAUCAAACGUUA